GAUAAUUCAUGUGAGAUGAAUUGGUGUCAGCGGCUAGUCCCAUUCAGAGGAACUGAUUAAAGUAUCACACCUGAUAAAUUGAGGGUGAGUUGCGACCCAUCACGCCUCUCGUGAAACCUUUUACAUUGAUGUUGUUAUUCAAAAAGAGGAACGAAUCCAUGAUCAUUUGGCCUUAGAAAGCCGGGCUGAAAUAAUUUUUGUUCCAAGUCAUUAUCUCCGCAAUUUACGACAAUUCACAUUACCAUUCAUUUACUUCUUAGUCUCUAUAUUUGCUUGUAAUCAAGUACAUCAUGGUCGUCGAGGCCCCGCUUUCAGAACUUAUCCUGCGCAGUCCAGCAGAAUCAGUUUUAAAAGCUCUUCAGGUGUCUUGCCUGAAUCAAAAAGCUUUUUACUGUGAUUCCGUUCAGCGAAGACUGCAUUCAGAAGCCAAGUUGCUUCUGGAGGCUUGCCAGACGUUUGAAAGAGAGGAAUCUUUCGACGAAGAUAUAUCGCACAUAUUCGACAAUAAACUACUGUGUGAUCAUGUCAAGACUAUUUCUCAAACCCUACACCGCGAAACAUUGCUCAAGCUAUCCUUUCUUACGUGGAAUUUUGACGGAUCCGGCUUGGUUUCCAAACAGCUCCGUCAAUUCCUUGCAGACCCUGAGAAUGACCACGUUGAGCACAUCUGCAAUACUAUAUGGCAACGUCUAGUUGAUCGUUCAGAAUGCAAGAAAACAAAGAUUGAAUUCGCUCAAGAAAUGGUAAGUGUGUUGAAGAAUCUUAAGGCAGCUCUGGUAUUUAGGUGGAACGUGAUCUAUGUUUCGAUGUUGAACAGUAUGCAUAUCACCAAUGCACUGUAGUCCAUGGAGGUUAAACGUUCAACAUUCAAGUUUCCGUGACGAUGGGUCUAGCGACAAGCCGCUGAAAUUAUGUAUUUCCUGUUUGUGAGUCCUUUGAGACACUUGGGGGAAAUUAUACGCUUCGGAAAAUAUUUAGAGAAAUUCGCUGAAAAAUGCUCUGGCUGCGGCAAUCCACUAAAGCGAAUCGAUAACUAUAGUCACUUUUACAGUUGAUGAUGAUG